ACAAUAAAAUUAAAUAAUACUAAAAUUAGAAGUUCCCAUUUUGACGAAAUUUAUUUUGUUCUUGAAGAUCCGCAUGCAAAUAACAUUGGCGAGUGUGUGAAAUUGAAGAUAAGACGAAGAAGAAAAAUGCACUUGAGCGAGAAUGAAGGAAUUGAGGGGAAGAGCUUCGUAGUGACCGGUGGACUUGGAUUCGUAGGAUCUGCUCUCUGCUUGGAACUCAUUAGAAGAGGUGCUCAACAGGUUCGUGCCUUUGACCUCCGCCAAUCUUCUCCUUGGUCUCAUCUUCUUAAACUCAAGGGAGUCAACUGCAUACAAGGGGAUGUUACCCGCAAAGAGGAUGUUGAAAGGGUACUCCGUGGUGCUGACUGCGUAUUCCACCUUGCUGCCUUUGGGAUGUCAGGAAAAGAGAUGCUGCAAUUUGGUCGAGUUGAUGAAGUCAAUAUAAACGGGACAUGCCAUAUACUCGAUGCUUGCAUUGACCUUGGUAUCAAAAGGCUUGUUUAUUGUAGCACAUACAAUGUUGUCUUUGGUGGUCAAAAGAUACUUAACGGAAAUGAGGCUUUGCCGUAUUUCCCAAUUGAUCGUCACGUUGAUCCAUACAGCCGCAGUAAAUCAAUUGCUGAACAGUUGGUUCUAAAGAAUAAUGCCCGCACUCUCAAAAAUGACACCAGGAAUCAUCUAUACACUUGUGCUGUUCGUCCAGCUGCAAUCUAUGGACCGGGGGAAGACAGGCACCUUCCAAGGAUCAUAACCAUGGCAAGGUUAGGUCUGCUUCUGUUCAGAAUUGGUGACAAAACUGUAAAGUCAGAUUGGGUUUUUGUUGAUAACCUUGUCCUUGCUCUUAUAAUGGCAAGUAUGGGACUUUUGGAUGACAACAAUGACAAGGGAAAACGACCUAUAGCUGCUGGCCAGGCAUACUUUAUAUGUGACGGUUCACCUGUCAAUUCUUUUGAAUUCCUCCAACCUCUACUCAGGAGUUUGGAUUAUGAUCUACCAAAAAGAUCUUUAGCUCUCGAACAUGCUCUUGUUCUUGCGAAGAUUUGCCAGGGUGUUUAUACAAUCUUAUAUCCACUGCUUAAUCGGUGGUGGCUCCCUCAACCAUUCAUCCUCCUUCCGAGUGAAGCACUCAAGGUGGGAGUGACUCACUAUUUCUCUUACCUUAAAGCCAAAGAGGAGCUUGGCUAUGUUCCCAUGGUGACCUCGCGAGAGGGGAUGGAUUCUACCAUAUCUUACUGGAAACAGAGGAAAAGGCAAAUUCUGGAUGGGCCUACCAUCUAUACUUGGCUAUUUUGUGUCGUUGGAAUGACCUCACUAUUCUGUGCUGGUUUCCUACCAGACAUGGGGAUUAUGUUUCUUCUCAGAGCUAUAUGUCUAUUCGUCUUUCGAUCAAUGUGGAUGACAAGGCUGGUAUUCAUUAUAGCGACAGCUGUGCACUUCAUUGAGGCCAUUUAUGCUUGGUACCUGGCUAAAAGGGUGGAUCCUGUCAAUGCAAGAGGCUGGUUUUGGCAAACAUUUGCUCUGGGAUUCUUUUCAUUGUGUUUUCUGUUGAAAAGAGCAAGGGAAUAAGUAAGAGCUUUACGACGUUCUUUUUGGAGAAGACAUCCCUCCUCUUGUACCAUAGUUAAUGUUAAGAAAUUGAAUACUCUUUAAAAAAAAUGAAUUCUCUUUCCCGUCAAUUGCAUGACAACUUGUAAUAAACUAUAUUAGAACCCGCUUAGAUAAAUUUAUCAGUGGUUGUAAUAACAAAAAUAAAAGAAAAAAAUUGCAAAAAACAGAAGAAACAAACCUGUUAAGCUGAA